AUGGACCCCCAGCUUAGCCUCCUCCUCCUUACCCGCUCUUGGGGGGAGCAGCUCCUACACACCUUCCUGGACUCGGCCCACAUCAUGAGACCGAGGAGUGCCCGGGAGAGGCGGAGGAUUUGGCGGCAGGCGGCCCUGCCCGUGACUCUGGGAGGCCUGGGCAUCACUGACCCCGCCGUUGAAGGCAGCUACGCUUACCUCGCUUCAGUGAUCAGCGCCGCCCACCUUCUAUACUCCCUGGAGGAGUCGUUACACCCUGCUGUCGCCGCGCUCCUCCCCCUACUGGACCCUACCCACGGCUCCCCGCACGCGCUGCCUGCACGCCUCGCCGCGGCUGAGGCAGCUCUCCCACCCGAGGCCCUCGAGGUGCUCCAGGCCGGGAAGACAGACCCCAAGGGACUGAAGCUACAGCAGAGCCUAGCGCUGGCGGUUCACUCCCGCCGCUUCUUGAGGGCCAUGCGCGAGGCAAGGCGGAUGCGCCCCAACCCCCUUUCAGGCCAUGCGCAACGGAUGCAGUCGAUGCUAGGCCCAGGAGCGGGGGAUUGGCUGCUGGCGAUCCCGCUCAUCCCCUCGCUCCGAAUGGGCCCCUCCCAGCUCUCAACUGCAGCUGCCUUCCGCCUAGGCCUCCCCCUCCCAGUGCCUAGACGCUGUGACUGCCGCUACCGCACCACCUUCCCCGACGACCGCCUCCCCAACCACCUCAUGCGCUGCGAGAAGGGGAAAGGGAGGACCGCUACCCAUCACGCUCUGCGGGAUGAGAUAGCAAAUAUCGGGGCUGAGGCGGGUUUUACGGUUCAUAAGGAGACGUAUGUCUACUCACUGGUUGAAAACCUAAAGGCGGAUGUCACCAUCCGUCAUCCACUGACCGGGGAGGUUUGGAUGUGCGACGUGACCGUGACGGACCCGAUGUCAUACCAGGACGAGAACUGCAACCGAGCUCCUGGUUGGGCAGCUAGGGCGGCAGCGGCAAAAAAGGAGGAGAAGUACGCACGGCGGAACACGUGGGUGGGGUUCCACGCGCUCGCAGUGGAAACAUACGGCUACCCCUCGCCGGGGGUGCUGGCUUACCUGCGGCAAUGCGCGGAGCUGGCGGCAAAGCUGCGGUUUAACGCAGCCCCUACCUCCUACGAAGCAGCGAAGCUUCUGACAGAGUACCGCCAGCGUUGGAGCGUGUGCCUCCAGCGGGCACAGGCCAACGCCCUCCGCACCAAGACCAAUGAGGCCUUGGCGGCGGACGAGCUCGGUUUUAGAGGACCCAUCAUCCCUCUCAGUGAGGGACAGCUGCACCAGUUGAUUGAGGCCCCGAUCGACCAGUAG